AUGUCGACUACCGGGGAAGUCCCUGCCUUCUUCAAGAACAUGGGCUCGGGUAGCCCCAUGCCACGGCAGAAAUUCUGUGGCAUGUUCUGUCCAGUUGAAGGUUCUGGCGACAGCAAGACGUUGGAUUUUCAGUCACUGCCCGGGGGCAGUAGAAGGAGUGACGGACAGGUCAUUGACAGGCAGACGGACAUCUCCCAGCCAAGGGUCGAGAUACGGGAGAGCAGAGGAAAAUCAGCCCUGCAAAACCUGGAUGACAGGGUAAGAGCUGCAGAUUUUUGUGCUUUGUCACCCUUGAUGAAAUAAAAUAGAUGUAUUUCUUUCUUUCUUCUAUAUCAUUUAUGUAUGUCUGUCUGCCUCUCACAGAUAAAGCAUAAAUAAAUGAACACAGUCAUGCAGAAAGAGUUCACUGGGAUCUCUAGAAACUUCCCAAUCGGUAAAAAAAGUAAAGUCUCUUUCCAAACCAUUUAGCUAAUGCGUUUACUCAAUCAAUCAAUGCCAGUGCAAUUAAUUCUGCCGACCUCUUGAAUUACGUUCGAAACGUGAUAACCAUUAUUCUAAAUUAGGAAAAAUAGACACAAACCUGGUUAACAAUACAUUUAUAUUACACCAAAUUGCGGAUACAAAAUAUACACUUACAAAAAUACAUCUCCCAGUGUGCUUUAGCCUCAACAUGUUUACUGCUCAUUUUAACAUACAUUCUAGCCUAAUAAAAAUAUUCAGACAACAGCAGAGUAACACGACCAAAAUAUUAUAUUAUUAAUAUUAUUACCAUCAUCAAUUACAAUCAAUCAGGGAAUUAUUUUAAUUUACUAAUUUAAAAACAGAACAAUGGCCUGUGUACAAAAUGGGUGAAAUUGAUGAAACAGCACCGCGCAUGGUCAACUGGUAUAGUUUACACAUUUCGCCAGCUCCACACGUAAUCUGGUACCUUCAGAAUCGGCACCUCCUCCAGUAUUUCAUAGGAUACUGGGUUGCAACAUGCACUACCAGUUUCAUAAAAUUACUUGGUUAUUUAGCCAUUACUUACCAGGCCUAGAGAAUCAGGUUUCAUAGGCUAUUUAAUGUUAUUGAGGUAUGGAUCAUUGACUAUAGGGAAAGCAAAUCCAGAGCAAGGCUAGCACACAGCUGAUAUCCUUCAUAUCACUUUUAAACGGACUGGACAUUAUCAGGUGAAGUUUGCCUACAUUCCCCAUGAGGCUCUGUGAUGGGCUAUUUCUUCCUAUGCUGUGCUGGGUUGUGUAGCCAUCAGAGGGAGUAGUUCCUGUAGUUCCUAUUGUGAGCUGGUCCUGUUGCUGACUGAGAUUGAUGUUCAUAGGGUCCCUCUGCACUGGGUGUAGGCUAUAGGUUGGUAUAUGUGGGUGGGAAACACGCUCACAUACACAUGCACACACACACGGCUCUGACAGAUCAUCUCUUACUCAGUGGAGGCUCCUCAGAGGAGGAAGGGGAGGUCCAUCCUCAGUGAAUUUCAUAAAAAUAAAAAUAGUAAAACAUUGAAAAAGUAAACUAUACUAAAUAUAUUCACGUCAUAACAUAAUUGAUUAAAACACACUGUUUUGCAAUUAAGGUCUAAGGUAGCCUCAACAGCACUCUGUAGGGUAGCACCAUGGUGUAGCCGGAGGACAGCUAGCUUCCGUCCUCCUCCUGGUACAUUGAAGUUAAUACAAAACCUAUGAGGCUCUUGGUUCUCACCCCCUUCCAUGGACUUACACAGUAGUUAUGCCAACUUCCGGAGGAUGUCCUCCAACCUAUCAGAGCUCUUGCAGCAUGAACUGACAUGUUGUCCACCCAAUCAAAGGAUCAGAGAAUGAAUCUAGCACUGAAAGCAUAUGCUACAGCUAGCUAGCACUGCAGUGCAUAAAAUGUGGUGAGUAGUUGACUCAAAGAGAGAGAAAGACAAUAGUUGAACAGUUUUCAACAAAUUAAUUUCUUCAAAAAUGAAGGAGAAGCAAGAGAGAGAGAGAGAGAGAGAUUUCAUCUUUUUUUCACUUUCAGUUUCACUUACUUAGUUAGCAAAUGCAGCUGGCUAGUUUAGUUACUCAAACACCCAGCUCAAACAGAGGGAUGCUAUGUUAGCUAGCUGGCUAUGACUAACCAACACAACACUGUAACUCUUCCAAGUCAAGGUAAGCUUUUGGUUUUAUUAAUUUAUUGCCACCGGGGCCCGCAGGUGUAACUGCUUACUGACUAUACACUGUAACGUUACUGCAUGAUUGUAGAGGGUUUACUAAUGAAUUAGUUCUAUUAGCUAUGUUGACAAGGACAUUACUUUAGCUAAUAUGGGGACAACGAUGUAGGCUGUGUGUAGUGGUUAUGACAUGGUUUGGAAAGUGUUUCUCGCCUGGUCAUAUACAGCUGGUGUGUUGUUCAUUGAAGUCCACAAAUGAAGGGAGAAGGUGAGAUGAGGAGAGUGCAUAGAGGCUGCUAUGAAAGUGAACUGUGUUUAUGCAUGAUCAGGGGGGUAUUCAUUCCACCGAUUCUGUUGAAAAACAUUUCUUAAAUGGAACCAAACGAAACGGGGUUACAUUUACCAGAAUUUGUCCAAUAGAAACUCUUGUUUGCAACCCUUGGACUAAUGAUUACACCCUAGAUAAGAUAGAUGCAGGCAAGAUUGUGCAAGGCGGUACUGAAUGUGUCACUGUCUGUCCAUGUGUCACUGACUGUCAUCUGAAAUGUUUCUCUCGACCUGUGUGCACCUACGUUGUAAACUUUCAUUCAUAGGCUAGGUUGUAGCAACCUCAUGAUGGGUAUAGGGAAAAUGUGAGUAUCAUGUAGUAGCCUAAACCUAUCGAUGUUACAUUGAUCUGGGUGAAUGGAAUAUGAAUGACAGUCAUCCAACAUGCUGUAAUAGAAAUAAGGCCAUGCUCAUGAGAAAAAAAAAUCGUCCUCCCUCAUCAUAAACUACACUGACCGCCACUGCUCUUACUAUAAUGUAUAUUUUAUUACUCUUUACAAAUAUCCUCUGAUUUACCUUCCAUUUCCUGAGUAGUCUAACGCACUAAUUUCCCACAAUCUGAUACUUUUUUAUUAAUUUUGUAUAUAAUUUAGACCUAAAGUAUAGCUCUUUACAUUGUUGAUCUAUGAUUUUUGUAUGGUUAUGAUGAAGUUUUUAGGCCAAAUUCUUCAACGAUGACAUAACCAAAACAACUCAAGGAAAUAUGACCUCAUACCAUAGAGAAUCAAAAGCUAGACCGUGCACAUGCCGUGGAAUUUAUAUUCAGGGCAGGCAGUAGUGGUGUAGCUAGCUGGAGCCUACUACUGUACUGGAAAUGGCAUAGUGCCUGACUUCGCAAUGGAUCAGGGCGGGGCUCUGCGCAUGCACGUUGGGCUUAGUCCAGAGUAUCUGUCCCUCCCUCCCUCGGUGGCUGAGUCUGUCUGGCAAGGUUUGGUGCAUCGGCGGAGAACAGAAGAGUGGACGUGAUCUGGAGCUGCGAUUAUUUUCCUAGAUUCUGCGAGUGGUGGCCCCCCCUUUAGGACGCACAACUCCUUUUGGAAUUGUACCCACUUUUUGCUGCUAUUUUUCUCUGCCUAUUCCACACCGGCCUUAUCCAGCCGCAAACCGCACUAUUCUGAACAUCCAUUCCAUUGAUAGCGGUCCACUAAGUGCAGCAAGAACAGAACAGCGAAGAUGUCUGGGCAAGGCUAUCAGGGCAAGAAGAACAUUCCCCGCAUUACAGUGAGUUAGGAAAACAUGUAUUCAUUCCAUUGAACAAAAUGAACAUUGUGCAUGUAACUAACUAACCUACAAAAUGCGCCAUUCACUAGUCAGGCAAAGAUGUGGCAUUGCUGAAAUGAGGCUUGUGGUCUGUAGUUGAAUGCUCUCUCGGGUAAACCUACAGCUCAGAGGUGAAGGACCUGUUUGCAUCAGCUGUGAAAUGCAUUCUGCACGAGCCCUUGGUUAUAGGCCUUUAAUAAGGUGCUUAUAAAUAAAAUCGGGUCAACACACGUGAUCUUUCAGAGCAUCUAUCUCAAGGGCUCAUUUCAAUUGUCUUUAUUUGACAAAAUGUAAGCCUGUGGGUGACUGUCUACUUUUGCAUAAGCUAUGUCACAUGGCUCUUGUAAGACUAUCCUUGAAAUCCAUGUUGUCCGUGAAUCAAUUUCACGCGUAAAAGUCCGUCAGGUGCACGGCUGAGGUUUCGCGGUCGCGCAUUAUUACAUUUCCACGCGGAUGUUCUUUGUUAGGGAACGGUGUCUGGCCGGUUAUCACCGCUAGCCAACGGGUGGAGCAAAUGCAAUAGUUUUCUCGCAUCCGCCCAUCCGCUGCAAUGUCGGUUAAAUUUUUUAUUUAAAGGGGGUUUAGGGCAUGCAGGCCGUUAUUGUUGACGGAUUUUGUGUGGCUUUGCGUGAGGCAGCAGCCCUGUCUCUCCCCCACUGUCUCUCCCCCAGAUUAUCGCCGGGAGCCGGGAGAAAUCAUGACGAAUAGAGAAUAGCGGUAGGCCUAUAGGAUAAUGGAAAUAGAAGAAGAAUGGGAGAGGGGCGGCAGUGGCUCCAAUUUCCUUCCUCAUCUCUCAGCACAGUAAUGAAGGGAAAGGGGCAAAAACGAGACAAUAACUAUAGACUCCUGUCUUUCCAUAUUUAUAUCGCUGAACUGGAUCAUUUAUAGGUUUUCCUCUCUAAACCGCACUGGUCUAUGAACUCCUCAUGGUCACAAUAAACUACUGACCCUCAUGGGUCCCCACCCCACUGCAAUGAACCGAUGCUUGAGUACAUCGUUAUAAAACACGUGUAGGCCUACAUGUCAUAAAACCUACUUUUCCAUCUAAAAUAUGACCUAAAGAAAGAUCUUUAACAGUUUAAGGUUUUGGGGGUACAGUGCACCUCUCCUCAUUGUGUGUGCAUGAGCUUUUGUGUGGACAAAGAAAGCACUUUGAUGGGUUACUCCAGCAGGCUGUCAGGCUGGCUGAGUCUGACACAACUGGAGCAGGUUUGCCCUAAACUCCUGCCAUAUCCUACACCCUGCUUAUGUGGAUACUGCAUUACCCGGUGAAGGGAACAGGCCAGGCCUAACUCACUAAUGAUCUAUUCACACAGUCUCUCACACACACACACGUACACACACAGAGUCUUGUAUAACUAACCUUGUGGGGACACACAAUUCAGUCCCAUUCAAAAUCCUAACCCUUACCCGAAAACCUAACCCUAAACCUAACCCUAGCUCCUAACCCUAACCCUAACUCCUAACCCUAAAUUUAAUUGUAACACUAAUUCUAACCUUAACCCUAAAACCCUAGAAAUAGAAUUUGAUCUUGAGGGGACUAACAACAUGUCCCCAGUUGGUCAAAUAUUUGUUUGUUUACUAUUCUUGUGGGGACUUCUGGUCCCCACAAGUAUAGUUAAACAUGUCCACACACACACACACACGCACACAGUCAUGCUGCGGUGCUCAGGCCCCCAAGGCCCCCAACUGAGCAUGCUCCCUGCCUGUCCUCAUCCCUCUCUGAGCUCCUGUUGCUAAACUCAGCCGUUGCCCAACAUGAGGAUGACAGAAGGAAAGAGAGAAAGAAAAGAGGUACGUCUAAAGUGGCCCAUCUUUCAGACAGUAAGAGAUGAAAGAACAAAGUGGAGAGACAGCAGAGAAACAGGGGUGACUGAGAGUACAGUGCCAAGGGAGCAGCCGCAGUGUGUGUACGUGUGCCACACCCCUGUGGCAGAGAGCAGUGAGCACACUGUGUUGUCUGUCUGUCUCUCUGUCUUCUUAGAGACAGCCUCAGUCACAGACACGCUUAUGGAACCACACAAUCCCCUUAUAAUCCAACAAUCUCCUGCUUAUCCAGGUCGUCACUAUCCUUGUUUAUUUCAUUCAUUUACCCAUUAUCAUAACAUAGCCAUUGGUCAUAGGACCAGUGGCCAGGGCGUCACUGAGUCUAAUUGACUGUCAUAUCAACUGUUUCAAGGUAGAUUGAUGACCAUGUGUAUGAAUGUGUUUGCGUUUGUAUAUCAGCUGUGUGCACAGUCAAAGAGAAACUCUUUCAUUCAUUCUCAUCUUCUUGCUCCGGGCUUGGUUCUGUCUUCACCCAGUUCUGGAGUAGAUUCCACAAAGAGCCUAACUGUUACAGUGUUAGAUCAGAGGAUUAGGAGCCAUAGUAGCCCAAACAGUGAUUAAGCUAACUCUAAACUGAUAUAGAACGUAUACUCUGGACCAGGGAAAGAGACAGAGUAAGAAAAAAGUAGGGUGAAUCUAAUGUACUAAGCAACUCACUGUAUAACCAAACACAAAUGAUCACUAUAGAUACACACAAAGGAUGUAUGCUACUUUCUGUCUUGCAAGUUAAUCCAAUUGAGUAAUUAUUUUUAGAUUAUGACAUAAUUCGAUUUUAAUGUCCUUUUACCCACACACACACACACACACACACAAGCACACGCACACGUACGCACACAGUUGUAGAGAUUGGAAAGUCAAAGGGCUAACAAAGGACAGCAGGCAGGCUGCAGUACGAGGCUGUCGUCACCAGCUGGAGUGGUCAGCUGCAGACUGGGGAGCAGCACACCUCAGGCACGCCUCAUAAAAUAUGAAUCUCAUCCUAAAAUCACCACCUGGGACUGCCUUCAAAAGAUGACUCAUCCAAUUCUCUCAUGAAUAAGAUUAUCUUAAUUUACAGUCAGACACACACUCAAAGUUACAGUUGGAAAAGAAGGAAACCAAAUAGAUUUUUAGAUGUUUUUUUAUUAAAGGGGAGGACUGAAAUGGCUCCUGUAUAAAGAUGAUGGACUUAACUGCAGGAUGGACAUGUCAUGAAUACUUUACUGAGAGAGGUCUUCCUGUGGUUCCCAGGCUCUGGGGUCAAGAGUUCAGUACUCAGUGCGGUACAUGGUAUAGGCCGCCGUGGAUGCCUUUUUACCCAGAAGACCCUGCCUCUUCCUGUUAGAUCAGUCUCUCUAACUAAAGACAGUCCAGCCUGGCACUGCUCAUCUCCAGCCCGCCAUUCUCCUACAGUAAUCCCGCAAUGCACUGUGGCCCGGGGCAUUCCGUGUUCACACAUUACACAAAGCACACUCUUAGUUCUAAGGGCCACCUGCCAAGAAUGCUUUUUUCCCUUAUAUGCUGAGAGAUAUAAUCUAGGAUAUCCCCAUUCAUAAACCCUCCAGUUUGAGGUAGCAUGUAUUUAUGUCCACUUCAGCAGCUGGGCACAGGAAAAUAGGGGAAGGAAAGUAACUGAGAUGCAUGCAUGCAUACCUCAGCCUUAUGGUGCCCCAGUGCAACCUGGGAUUGUCAUUAUGGGGUAUUGUGUGUAGAUUGAUGAGGAACAUUUUUUAUUUAAUCCAUUUUAGAAUUAGGCUGUAACUUCUCAAAAUGUGGAAGAAGUCAAGGGGUUUGAAUACUUUCCAAAUGCACUGUAUAUCCUCUGGUGUGUUGAUGUUAAUGUGUUGAUGUUCUCUGUAUCCAUAGCCAAAAUGAUUUUGCAGUGCAUGGUGAUCAAACAGGUUUCCUGUUAUAUUCAUCAGAGGUAUAGGGAGGGUGAAGUCUGUGAAUCCCAAAAAUAGUAAUUAUACAAAACAUGCACACAACAGUAUUCAUACUUUGGUUUUUGGGAAAGUGUGAAUGAAAAAAAGUGUUUUGAUAAUGGUUUUCAUACACAUACCUUGUCCAUAAUGUAGAGGCCUAUGGGAUUCUCAUUGAAGAGGUAAGGGAGGAGGAUGGUACAUGUGAUCUGCAUAACAUACCAAUACCAAUUAACAUAUCUUUGUAUGCCUCCUCGUCUGUAUACAGACACAAAACUGAGCAGUUCAGUCAUCUACACCCAAUACAGCUAGCAUUCAACAUAUUCUUAUAGCAUACAUAUUCUUACCUCUUUGUUUAUUGAUAUCCAUUGAAUUGUGUCAAUUUUCUGUUUUAGAAAGAUUUGCACAAAUAUGAAAAGAUAGAUGGUAUCAUCAUAAAACUAUAUCAAUUAUAUAAGGGACCAACCUUACCUUAAAUUGAGGAAAUCUUUACAUUUAUCAGUUAAGUGCCUAAACCUGCUGUCCUUUCAAAUUAAAAUCCAAAUGUUUCAGUUGGGCUGUUAGGUUCCUGCAACAACCCCCAACUAAGGAGGUUCCUCGAUAAACCCCACCGCCUAUGGGGUUCUUGGAAGAACCUUUUGGGGGCAAUUUUCAGUGCCAAGAAUCCGAAGGUUCUUCUAAGAACUUUGAGGAUCUUAGAAGAACCCUUGUUGAACCCCAAAUGUUUGAGUGUAGUCUUUAAUCCAAGCCCUCUAUCACAUGAUACACUGGAUUGAUCUUCCACACAGUGUGGAAAGAGGACUGAUCAAUGCUACCUCACUCAGUCUCUCUCUCUGAUAUGCAGUACCUUUAACCUAUCCAGGCUCUAGUCUGGUGCUGGGCUUGUUAUUGGUUCAGAUCUGAUUUUGAGCAUAGGGAAAUUCUGAAAACUGCUUCUACGCUUAAUCUCAAUUGAAUAAGUUAUUAUUUGGGUAUUUUUGUUAACAAAUAUUUAUGGCCUGUAUUAGUUGGUCAGAGAUGAUUAAUGAACAUUGACCAACAACCAUAGGCAUAUUAUUUGAAUAAGUUUAAUGGAUACAUUUUUUUUGUUGAAACACUGUCCACAUCCUGUUUGUGUGUGGCUGGAACUGGUUCUUAUCCAGGGAAGGUCACUGUCAUGUUUGGCUCAGGUCCAGCAUAAUCAAAAAGAGAUGCUCUCCCACAACAUGAUGCCUGAUGGCCGUCAUAGGCCAAGCAAAUGGGGACUCUGACUUGCAAAUGCUUCUUUAAAUAUAUAUCUUUUUUAUACCUACAGUGAUCCUACAAUUCAAAAUCUAAUGGCUAAAUAAAACAUUUUAUGACCAUCUUAAAAUAAUUCCAUAUGUUAGCUUAAUAGAUAUUGCGAUCUAAGGGCUUAGACCUACAGGGGUUAAAAACAAGAAACCGCUAAGUAGGAUGAAAUAAGAAUAGGCAUGCACAUUUAUAUACUGAAAUACUCCACAGUAGAUUACAUUUGAAAGCACUUGACUGUUGUUAUCUUGGGACCACAUUUUUCCUGUAACUUUUCUUGCCAUUUUUGGUAAAGUAUGAGUAUCUAAAACCUGAAUUAUUGUUGUUAUGUCAUGAUGGCUGUCUUACACAUAUUUGUAUGAGUGUGUAUGAAUGGAUUUCAGUAAAGGCCUCCAGUUUAUAUGUCUAAUGGCAUGACAAAAAAAUUAUGUAAUGAUAGUCAAACACAUGACUCAGUUGUUCAGUGAAUAGUUGCCAAAACAGGAUGGAGUCUUGCCAGGCCCUGCAGCACAGCAGUCUACUCCACAUACAGUGGGGAGAACAAGUAUUUGAUACACUGCCGAUUUUGCAGGUUUUCCUACUUACAAAGCAUGUAGAGGUCUGUAAUUUCUAUCAUAGGUACACUUCAACUGUGAGAGACGUAAUCUAAAACAAAAAUCCAGAAAAUCACAUUGUAUGAUUUUUAAGUAAUUAAUUAGCAUUUUAUUGCAUGACAUAAGUAUUUGAUCACCUACCAACCAGUAAGAAUUCCAGCUCUCACAGACCUAUUAGUUUUUCUUUAAGAAGCCCUCCUGUUCUCCACUCAUUACCUGUAUUAACUGCACCUGUUUGAACUUGUUACCUGUAUAAAAGACACCUGUCCACACACUCAAUCAAACAGACUCCAACCUCUCCACAAUGGCCUAGACCAGAGAGCUGUGUAAGGACAUCAGGGAUAAAAUUGUAGACCUGCACAAGGCUGGUAUGGGCUACAGGACAAUAGGCAAGCAGCUUGGUGAGAAGGCAACAACUGUUGGCGCAAUUAUUAGAAAAUGGAAGAAGUUCAAGAUGACGGUCAAUCACCCUCGAACUGGGGCUCCAUGCAAGAUCUCACCUCGUGGGGCAUCAAUGAUCAUGAGGAAGGUGAGGGAUCAGCCCAGAACUACACGGCAGGACCUGGUCAAUGACCUGAAGAGAGCUGGGACCACAGUCUCAAAGAAAACCAUUAGUAACACACUACGCCGUCAUGGAUUAAAAUCCUGCAGCGCACGCAAGAUCCCCCUGCUCAAGCCAGCGCAUGUCCAGGCCCGUCUGAAGUUUGCCAAUGACCAUCUGGAUGAUCCAGAGGAGGAAUGGGAGAAGGUCAUGUGGUCUGAUGAGACAAAAAUAGAGCUUUUUGGUCUAAACUCCACUCGCCGUGUUUGGAGGAAGAAGAAGGAUGAGUACAACCCCAAGAACACCAUCCCAACCGUGAAGCAUGGAGGUGGAAACAUCAUUCUUUGGGGAUCCUUUUCUGCAAAGGGGACAGGACGACUGCACCGUAUUGAGGGGAGGAUGGAUGGGGCCAUGUAUUGCGAGAUCUUGGCCAACAACCUCCUUCCCUCAGUAAGAGCAUUGAAGAUGGGUCGUGGCUGGGUGUCCAGCAUGACAACGACCCAAAACACACAGCCAGGGCAACUAAGGAGUGGCUCCGUAAGAAGCAUCUCAAGGUCCUGGAGUGACCUAGCCAGUCUCCAGACCUGAACCCAAUAGAACAUCUUUGGAGGGAGCUGAAAGUCUGUAUUGCCCAGCGACAGCCCCGAAACCUGAAGGAUCUGGAGAAGGUCUGUAUGGAGGAGUGGGCCAAAAUCCCUGCUGCAGUGUGUGCAAACCUGGUCAAGAUCUACAGGAAACGUAUGAUCUCUGUAAUUGCAAACAAAUGUUUCUGUACAAAAUAUUAAGUUCUGCUUUUCUGAUGUAUCAAAUACUUAUGUCAUGCAAUAAAAUGCAAAUUAAUUACUUAAAAAUCAUACAAUGUGAUUUUCUGGAUUUUUGUUUUAGAUUCCGUCUCUCACAGUUGAAGUGUACCUAUGAUAAAAAUUACAGACCUCUAAAUGCUUUGUAAGUAGGAAAACAUGCAAAAUCGGCAGUGUAUCAAAUACUUGUUCUCCCCACUGUAGAUGUGAGAAUAGACUGGGUUCAUCACUCCUGUCACAUGAGUCAUCAAAAAUGACAACUGCUUAUAUGCAUGUGCCAAGACCUGACAUAGUCAUCUCUAACAAGACAUUCCUUGGGGGAUUGUUUGAAAGAGAGUGGGUUUCUCUGUGUGUGUGUGUGUGUGUGUGUGUGUGUCUGUGUUUUAUAGAAUGUUUGUUUUCUGGCAGGGAACAAGUAACCACUUUUAUUAGGGAAAAUAUACCAAAGGAUGUCAAUGUCACAGAAAUGGGUUUUCUAUUCUUUAGCCCAAAUGCAUUUUGAGCUGGGCAUUGUGAGCCCCUUUGGAGAGCAGUUCUGCUUGGGGACAGGGCUUCUAGCAGGGAAACACGUUCACUGCUGAAACUCAAACAGAGCAGCCUUUGUUUGUGGAGGAUGCUAAAGGCCUCGUGACCAGAAUGGUGCCACUCCCCUUUUGGAGGGGAGCCCACCACCACUGGGGCGACGCAGGGGGGUGCCAGGGGGUCGGGUCCCCCCCUAUCUAAUUCUCACACAGAGACAAGUGGCCUGGUGACAGAGGCGUGGAUGAUUGAUUACCAGGUCUGCAUCCUGAUUGCUCCUUUAUUAUGUCCAUUAUUCUGUCAGCCAGUCAGGGUGAGGAUGCCGGAGGGGCGUGUCCUCAGGCGGGCUAUGCUACUUGUCAUUGUUUCAUCAGUGCAUUCCUCACCCUAAUUUGGAGCCAUGUUGGUAUCAGCCUACCUAGUCAAUUAUCCAUUAGAAGAUGUAUAUUCCGGAUUUUGUUCCCGGUCCCGACAUGCUGUAUUCAGCUGUCUGUAAUAAGCACACUGUAGUUCUGCUUCUGCAUUCACUUUGUCCCUUGCUGUAUUAGGAUGUGCAUGAAGCAUUGCUCACACAGUCUCUCUUUUAGACUCUUUAAAAGCAGUCGUUCUGCUUUCAUUCCAGGCUGCUGCUCAGCUCCGAUCCACCCCCACUGCUGUAUAUCUGUAUUUUGUUCCUGUUUAACUCCUGCUCCCUCUCUCCUAUCUCUCUGUUUCUCUAUCGCUCUCCUUUAUUAUUACAAUCCCAAACACAUGUGGUCCUCUGUAGCUCAGCUGGUAGAGCACGGCGCUUGUAACGCCAAGGUAGUGGGUUCGAUCCCCGGGACCACCCAUACACAAAAAAAAUAAUAAUAAUGUAUGCACGCGUGACGGUAAGUCGCUUUGGAUAAAAGCAUCUGCUAAAUGGCAUAUUAUUAUUAUAUUAUACAUACUUUCUGUCCCUUACUCUGUCUCACACACAUACUGUAAAGGUUGAUCGAGCUUCACCCAAGACCUGGUGCUGAUCCAUUCCAAACUAUCUCUGCAUGGAACUAAAAUAUGAAUUCUUACAGCUCUGCUUUCUGUUCUCUCUGUCUCUCUCUGUCUCUCUCUCUCUCUGUGCGUGUGUGCAUGCGUGUGUAAGAGAGAAAGAGAGAGAGAAGGAGAGACUUACAACACAAGCCUAGGUCAUACAUUGUGCCAGCUCAACACAACCAGUUCGUGCAACCAUAAACAUUGUGGGAGGACACGUGGUUCCUUAUCAACACAGAACUCACUUGGACAAAGCCUAAUAUUAGCGUGACGCAACAGAGCACAAGGCAGAACAUCAGAUAAUGCUGUGACAGUGACACAUGUUGUGACACUGCCCAAUAUAGCAGAGAGGCAGUCGUCUGUCUCUUUUGGCCAUGGUGGGGGUGAUGGGAUGGCAGGGACGUGGAAGGGGUGAAAUCUUUUGGCUUUUCUUUAGUAUUUGUAGUAUUUCUGUACAGAUGUAGGAUCUUAAUUAGAAAAUAUGAUCCUGCAGUAACAGGAAAUGUGAAUUAUCAAGUCUGAAAUUUAUAUGUGGAAAUUACAAACUUCAGAAGCUUUUUUAAACCUCAAAUACACUACAAGUUUUACAUUUCAUGCAUUACAGGAAAGUUCUCCUGCAACAGGAUAAACAAAUUAAGAUCCUAUAUUUGUAUGUAAUAUGUUAAUAGCACAGUGUUAGCCGAUGCUUCCUGUAAAGAAAGUGGCUUGUAUUUGGCAUCACCGCAGUACCAUACUAACCCUCAUAAGCUCAUUUUUAUAUGGCCAUAUAAAAGCCCAGGCCAUUCUUUGUGCGUUACAUUCUGGUGUCUGGCAUUUAAAGGCUUUUCCUGAAAGACCACUUACUUCACUGUGUUAACUCUGUGAGAAUGAAGAGGAAAUGGACGCGUGUAUAUUAACUAAUGAUGAUUUUUAAAAAUUAUCUUCUAGAGUGAUCGUCUCCUGAUCAAAGGGGCGAAGAUCGUGAACGAUGACCAGUCCUUCUGUGCUGACAUCUACAUGGAGGAUGGCCAGAUCAAGUGAGUUUCACAAUGACACCUCCUGAGGUUCACAGACUCUGCCUCCGAGAUGUUAACUAUCUCUGAACCAUCUUUGUAAUGCAUUAGACCUAACACUGGUCGUUGUUCGGUUUUACAGAGUAGUAUACAGAGUAAAUGCAGUCAUAAUGAUAACUCUAUUACAACUAUCUCUCUCUCACUUUCUGUUCCUUCUCUCUAUCUCUCUUCCUCGAAUUUCAGACAAAUUGGCGAGAACUUGAUAGUGCCCGGUGGGGUGAAGCUCAUUGAUGCCCAUGGGCGCAUGGUUAUGCCAGGGGGUAUCGAUGUGCACACACGCUUCCAGAUGCCCGACAGGGGCAUGACCUCAGUGGACGACUUCUACCAGGGCACCCGCGCCGCCCUGGCAGGGGGCACCACCAUGAUCAGUAUGUACACUACCACCUACCCCCUCUCUCUCUUCCCCUUCUUGAGAGGGAUUGGGAGGGCGCAGUGCCAGCUCCAUCUAUGGCAGCGCCAAGUCCUGAACCUAUAAAGACCCAUCUAUUACAGUGUUAGGCUAGCGUGCCACCAGGUGCUGCUGAAUGUAGUGAAAAGUGGACUAGGGAGAACAUUCAAAACCUUUUGCAACUUGUUUAUCCACUCUCCUCGUAAUUCCUCAGUAAUAGCGUGGCCUGCCUGUAGCAUUCAUAGAGAUUAGAUGCCUUAGCACUAUGCCAUCUGAAGUAAAGGUCCUCUCCCCUCCUCAGCAGUCACACAGACUCCUGGAGAGUUAGAUGGCUUUGUCCCAUCAUGCAGAAUGCUGACUCCUGCUGACAGCACUGCAGAGUCCACAGAUCCAGCUAUGUAAAUGGAUCACACAUCUCACAGCAGUACAGUACACCCUGAUGGAAAAAACAAUGAUGCAAGACCCAGACGUAGCCAUUUAAUCUGAGCUACUUUAUAUAAUAAUUGAAAGCACCCCUAACAAUAAGAAGGAAUAUUUUUGGACCAAUUUGCUAAAUAAUUGUAUGUGUGUGUCCACUAGUUGACCAUGUGGUUCCGGAACCCGGGGCCAGCUUGCUGUCAGCCUUUGAGCAGUGGCGUGAGUGGGCGGACAGCAAGUCCUGUUGUGACUACUCCCUGCAUGUGGACAUCACUGAGUGGCACAAGGGAGUCCAGGAGGAGAUGGAGGCCCUCGUCAAGGACCACGGUAUUGCCACACCCAGUACAUAUGACAUCAUAUAGUAGGUUAAGAUUAGUUGUGUUCAUGUUUUCUCUUUCUGUAUGGUUGUUACAUUUCCCAAAGAUUGGUUUAAAUGUGUAUGUUUGUUCAGACUAGUUGGGUCUCUGAAUCUGUUUCUUCUACAACCGUUAUUGGUCUCUUCCGCUCUCUUUGUUUCUCUUUCCCACUCCCUGUACCUUCCUUUGACACGCCCUCUCUUUCCUCAGGUGUCAACUCUUUCCUUGUCUAUCUGGCUUAUAAGGAUGUUUUCCAGCUUACUGACUCUCAGGUAUGACUUCCUUUAUCAUACGGUAGCUUUUUUGAUGUUGGCUCCCUGUUUAUCUCACAGGAAACACACAACGAUUGCUACCAUCACAAAGAACAUUAACGGUUAUAAUAAUCUUUAAGAAUAUAGUAUGAAAGGAAUUCACCUUCUUUCGCACCUCAUUAACUGUACUAUUAAAAGGUAUGUGGCAAAAUCAUACUGAAUGCUUAAUAAAUUGCACCGUAUGACAUCAUAUACUCUAGCUCUUAGAUCCAGAUGCUUCCCAUGGUCUGCUCUGCUCUUGGCUGAGGGCUGUGGGCUGAGUUGGAGGAGGCUGAGGCACUAAUUGUCUGUGUGGGUCUCCAGAGGGACACAAUGCACCAGUCCAUGUCUCUGUCUCUGGUAAAACAGAUUAAUCUUGGACGCGAGGCUCCUUUGAAAACAGCCCGUUUUGGUCUUUGCACCUGUAUGAGGAAUGCAUGGAGGCUGCCCGGGCCAGAGCAUUACACUCUAAUUUGUGCAGAUCUCCAAAGGAAAACUAUGAUAGCUCUUUAUUUAUUUCUGGCUGUUGGGGAGACGAUGACUCAUACAAGACUCAUACAUCAGUCAUACAUCAGUAACUGGUUUUACCACUGAUGCAUCUGAGAGUGUAUGAGUUUUACAUACUGUAUGAAAUUAACUUUACUCAAUUAACUUUACAAAACGAUGACUAGAUGCCAAGUUUGUCUGUGUGUCUGUUCUAUGAUCCAUCUGUGGUUGUCUGACGAUGCUGGCGUGGUUAUUUCCUGUAGGUCUAUGAGGUGUUCAGUGUGAUCCGGGAUCUGGGGGCCAUCGCUCAGGUCCAUGCUGAGAACGGAGACAUCGUGGCUGAGGUAAGACCUGGGGCUAACAAUACACCAUUUACCGGACUAUCAAAACCCUAUUUACUAUACCUAACACUGGACAAUUAUAAAAUAUACCUGUUCCUUCCAAUAAGGAGCAGCGUCGUAUUCUGGAGCAGGGAAUCACUGGACCUGAGGGACAUGUCUUGAGCCGUCCUGAAGAGGUAUGAUGCAUCAGCAUUUGACUUCAGAGUUCCUACCUAUUUCUGUUUUUAUCUUCCCUUUAUGUUUCCAAAAUGUGUCCUUGCAUGGUCAUCUUGACCUCUGAACCCUGGGUGUCUAUUUCAGGUGGAGGCGGAGGCUGUCAACCGCUCUGUGACAGUAGCCAAUCAGACUAACUGUCCCCUCUACAUCACCAAGGUGAUGAGCAAGAGUGCUGCUGAUGUCAUCGCUCAGGCCAGGAAGAAGGGUGAGACACUGUUGCUAGGAUGUUUGCUAGGGUACAAACAUACAGAAAGAUGAACGGAAGAUGCACAUAUGUGAACCAAAAGAAGGGAGAGGCACCAUAUUGUUUACAUCAAUAUCAUCAUUUAAAUCUGUAAUCACAUCAUGUCUCUGAUUGGCCUUGCAGGUACUGUGGUGUACGGGGAGCCAAUCACUGCCAGCCUGGGUACAGACGGCUCACACUAUUGGAGCAAGAACUGGGCCAAGGCAGCCGCCUUCAUCACAUCCCCGCCCCUCAGCCCAGACCCGACCACGCCCGACUAUCUCAGCUCCCUGCUCUCCUGGUGAGAGCACUAACUCAAUGCCUUGACACUACCAAGCCGUGUCUUCUGUCUGGGUUUUCCGUUUCGUCUUACAUUGUUUGUUUUUUAAAAUCCCAGCCCCCGUUCCCACACAAAGCCUUUUGCCUCUUGCCAGGACGUCAUUGUAAAUAAGAAUUUGUUCUUAAUUGACUUGCCUGGUUAAAUAAAGGUUAAAUUAAAUAUAAACUGGAUUGGACUAUAAGGACAAAUACCCAUGUUAAUGAUGUAAACUGUUAUCAUGGUAACAAAAUAAAAUAGGACAAUCAUCCCAAUCUGACCCCAGGUGGCACAGUCUCAGUUUGCUCCCCUCAAUGUCUCCUCUCCCAUCCUAACCUCUUGCCCUGUUCCCUCCUCUCCAGUGGGGACCUGCAGGUGACUGGCAGUGCCCACUGCACCUUCAACACUGCCCAGCGUGCCGUGGGCAAAGACGACUUCACUCUCAUCCCUGAGGGUACCAACGGCACUGAGGAGAGAAUGUCCCUCAUCUGGGACAAGUGUGUGGUGAGAGAUUAAUACAUACUAUAUACUAUAUACUAUUCAAUACAGUCACAUAUUCUCACAUACAGUACUUACAGUGGAACAUACUGACAUGUAGAUCAAAUCAAAUCCAAUUUUAUUUGCCACAUGCGCCGAAUACAACAGGUGUAGACAUUACAGUGAAAUGCUUACUUACAAGCCCUUAACCAAAGUAAAAAAUAAUUUUAAAAAGUGUUAAGCAAAAAAUUUUUAAGCAAAUAACUAAAGAGCAGUAGUAAAAUAAAAUAACAGUAGGGAGGCUAUAUGCAGGGGGGUACCGGUGCAGAGUCAAUGUGCGUGGGCACCGGCUAGUCGAGGUAAUAUGUACAUGUGGGUAGAGUUAAAGUGACUAUGCAUAAAUAAUAAACAGAGUAGCAGCAGAGUAAAAAAGGGGGACGGGGUGGGGGUGGGGGGGCAGUGUAAAUUGUCCGGGUAGCCAUGAUUAGCUGUUCAGGAGUCUUAUGGCUUGGGGGUAGAAGCUGUUGAGAAGCCUUUUGGACCUAGACUUGGCGCUCCGGUACCGCUUUCCGUGCGGUAGCAGAGAGAACAGUCUAUGACUAGGGUGGCUGGAGUCUUUGACAAUUUUGAGGGCCUUCCUCUGACACCGCCUGGUAUAGAGGUCCUGGAUGACAGGAAGCUUGGCCCCAGUGAUGUACUGGGCCGUACGCACUACCCUCUGUAGUGCCUUACGGUCGGAGGCCGAGCAGUUGCCAUACCAGGCGGUGAUGCAACCAGUCAGGAUGCUCUCGAUGGUGCAGCUGUAGAACCUUUUGAGGAUCUGAGGACCCAUGCCAAAUGUUUUCAGUCUCCUGAGGGGGAAUAGGCUUUGUCGUGCCCUCUUCACAACUGUCUUGGUGUGUUUGGACCAUGAUAGUUCGUUGGUGAUGUGGACACCAAGGAACUUGAAGCUCUCAACCUGUUCCACUACAGCCCUGUCGAUGAGAAUGGGGACGUGCUCACUCCUCUUUUUUUUCCUGUAGUCCACAAUCAUCUCCUUUGUCUUGAACACGUUGAGGGAGAGGUUGUUGUCCUGGCACCACACGGCCAGGUCUCUGACCUCCUCCCUAUAGGCUGUCUCAUCGUUGUCGGUGAUCAGGCCUACCACUGUUGUGUCGUCUGCAAACUUAAUGAAGGUGUUGGAGUCGUGCCUGGCCAUGCAGUCAUGGGUGAACAGGGAGUACAGGAGGGGACUGAGCAUGCACCCCUGAGGGGCCCCCGUGUAGAGGGUCAGCGUGGCAGAUGUGUUGUUACCUACCCUUACCACCUGGGGGCGGCCCGUCAUGAAGUCCAGGAUCCAGUUGCAGAGGGAGGUGUUUAGUCCCAGGAUCCUUAGCUUAGUGAUGAGCUUUGAGGGCACUAUGGUGUUGAACGCUGAGCUGUAGUCAAUGAAUAGCAUUCUCACGUAGGUGUUCCUCUUGUCCAGGUGGGAAAGGGCAGUGUGGAGUGCAAUUGAGAUUGCAUCAUCUGUGGAUCUGUUGGGGCUGUAUGCAAACUGGAGUGGGUCUAGGGUUUCUGGGAUAAUGGUGUUGAUGUGAACCAUGACCAGCCUUUCAAAGCACUUCAUGGCUACAGACGUAAGUGCUACGUGUCGGUAGUCAUUUAGGCAGGUUAUCUUAGUGUCUUUGGGCACAGGGACUAUGGUGGUCUGCUUGAAACAUGUUGGUAGUACAGACUCAGUCAGGGACAUGUUGAAAAUGUCAGUGAAGACACUUGCCAUUUGGUCAGCACAUGCUCGGAGUACACGUCCUGGUAAUCCAUCUGGCCCUGCGGCCUUGUGAAUGUUGACCUGCUUAAAAGUCUUACUCACAUCGGCUACGGAGAGCAUGUUCACAGAGUCAUCCGGAACAGCUGGUGCUCUCAUGCAUGCUUCAGUGUUGCUUGCCUCGAAGCGAGCAUAGAAGUGAUUUAGCUCGUCUUGUAGGCUUGUGUCACUGGGCAGCUCGCGGCUGUGCUUCCCUUCCCUGUAGUCUGUAAUAGUUUAAGCCCUGCCACAUCCGAUGAGCGUCAGAGCCGGUGUAGUACGAUUCAAUCUUAGUCCUGUAUUGACUCUUUGCCUGUUUUGAUGGUUCGUCGGAGGGCAUAGCGGGAUUUCUUAUAAUCGUCCGGGUUAGAGUCCCGCUCCUUGAAAGCGGCAGCUCUAGCCUUUAGCUCAGUGCGGAUGUUGCCUGUAAUCCAUGGCUUCUGGUUGGGGUACGUACGGUCACUGUGGGGAUGACGUCAUCGAAGCACUUAUUGAUGAAGCCAGUGACUGAUGUGGCGUACUCCUCAAUGCUAUCUGAAGAAUCCCGGAACAUAUUCCAGUCUGUGCUAGCAAAACAGUCCUGUAGCUUAGCAUCUGCGUCAUCUGACCACUUUUUUAUUAACCGAGUCACUGGUUCUUCCUGCUUUAGUUUUUGCUUAUAAGCAGGAAUCAGGAGGAUAGAGUUAUGGUCAGAUUUGCCAAAUGGAGGGCAAGGGAGAGCUUUGUAUGCGUCUCUGUGUGUGGAGUAAAGGUGGUCUAGAGUUUUUUUUCCUCUAGACCAGAAGCUCUUUUUGGUCAUAACAGACUGUGGCAGAAUCAUUAUGUACAGAAUAAAUUAGAAUUAACGCCAAUAAACACACAUAAUAGUAUAAUUGGUUAGAGGACUGUAAAAACAGCAGCCAUCUUCUCCGGCGCCAUUAUGUUUUUACAUGUAGUGUACAAUAUGUGUAUUUGUAUACAUAUUUACCUCAUACACUCACAUGUCCUAACAACACAAAGUUAAGCGCUUGGUCUCUGUUAACCGCCUGGUCUUCGGCCAGUCUCAACACUGCUAAGCUCUUCAACCUCACACACUCACAUGUUCUAACAACACAAAGUUAACCGCCUGGUCUCUGUUAACCGCCUGGUCUCUGCCCGGUCUCAACACUGCUAAGAUCUUCAACCUCACACACUCACAUGUCCUAACAACACAAAGUUAACCACCUGGUCUCUGUUUUCACCUGGCCCAUCCAGGUGACAGGUAAAAUGGAUGAGAACCAGUUUGUGGCGGUCACCAGCACCAAUGCUGCUAAGAUCUUCAACCUGUACCCCCGUAAGGGCCGCAUCGCUGUGGGCUCUGACGCUGACCUGGUGCUCUGGGACCCAGACGUCAUCAAGAUCAUCUCAGCCAAGAGCCACAACUCGGUCAGUCAGUUACACACUCACUAUGCACAAAUACUGUACCGUCAGAAAGGCACAAUCUACUGUAUAUCCAGCCAUAUGGUAUUCCACAUGUGGGAUUACCCUACAGAUUCAUCUUUGGGAAAAUGCCACAAAAUAAAUAGUUAGUCUUUGAACAUUCAAGUGAACAUAAUAGGUUAAAUUGUAAUAGUUAUAUGAAAUGACUCUCCACAUAUGGGCCCCGUGUAGCUCAGUUGGUAGAGCAUGGCGCUUGCAACGCCAGGGUUGUGGGUUCGAUUCCCACGGGGGGCCAGUAUGAAAAAAAAAAUAUAUAUAUAUAUAUAUAUGUAUGCACUAACCGACUGUAAGUUGCUCUGGAUAAGAACGUCUGCUAAAUGACUAAAAUGUAAAAAAUGUGAUUGGUUGGGUUCCCCAGCACUAGGGCGUGGGCCUUAUGUUGACUCAGGGGAGUGAUGUCAUCCUCAAACUCUGCCAGAGGACUGAAACAUCUAAUUUCUGAUUGUUAGCAGGCAAAUCACACUGUUUAUGUGUCUGUAUGUGCCAGUCUUUAUGCAUGUGUGUGUGUUUUUGUAAUCUAAUUGCUCUAGCUCUCUGUGUUCUAUGGUUUCUUUCUUUCUGUUUGGUCAGGAAAUAGACUAAUGUAAAUGGAGAAAAUUGGUCAUUCAGAGAGAGUGGUGUGUGCGUGCAUGUGAGGGGGGACGUCCAGCCUCCGGGUGACCUCAUGCUGUUUCUAAGCCCUGUGGAGCCCACCAGAUUGCCUAGUCAGCCGGUAGCUUUUAGGAGGGUAGUCACACUGCUCUCCACUGCACACACCCUGUUGUAACUGCCUUGUAACACUCUGCUCCUCGCUGCCUGGCUAAAUCAAUGGUCUGUUGUCUGGAGAGACUCAAAUCUCACCAUCACAUCAAUGAUGCUCUCUCUAGAAGGGUUUUCAAUUGCCAUUUAUCUAACCAUUGAAAAACACAUAGGGAACUGUUAAUGAUUUGAACAUUGGCCCACUAUAAAACAACUCCUCCACUGGCACAGGAUGGAGAGGGAGGGAGGUCCACCACACUAGUGCUAAACACCAAUCAACUCACACAAAUCAUAAGAGGCUGAUUGAUAUAUGGAAAUAUUGGUCUGAUCCAAAACAUUAUCUACUGUACUACAUUGCCUCUCCUCCUUUCUCCCCCUGUCGCUCUUCCAGAAUGUGGAGUACAACAUAUUUGAGGGUGUGGAGGUGCGUGGCGCGCCCCUGGUAGUGAUCAGCCAGGGUAAGAUCGUCCUGGAGGAGGGGAACCUCCACACCACCGAGGGGUGCGGCCGCUUCGUGGGCCGGAAGCCCUUCUCUGACUACGUCUACAAGAGGAUAAGGGCUCGCAGCAGGGUAGGGCACUGUUAUGGAACUGUGUCAUUCUAGGCUGUGUUGUGCGUUGUUGUGUUUUAUUUCCAGCUUGAGUGUUACUGAUGUAUCUAAGGGAGUGGGUUACAGUUUUUGUUGUGACCCUGUAUUAUUUUAAGUUGUUGUUUCAUAAUAAGAUGAGGUUGUUUGCUAACAAGUUGGAUGUUGCAUUCCACUAUCAGUAGGUUUAGGUUGUUUGAUCUUGACUCUUGAUUCUGCCUCCUCCCUGUUCUCCAGCUGGCUGAGCUGAGGGGUGUUCCCCGAGGUCUCUAUGACGGGCCUGUCUGUGAGGUGUCACUCACACCCAAAACUAUGACUCCUGCCUCUUCUGCCAAGACCUCUCCAGCCAAACAGGCAGCAGCCGGCGCCCAGCCUGUCCGCAACCUGCACCAGUCAGGGUUCAGCCUAUCUGGUGAGGAACACUGGGGUGGAUCCAUGGAUCCAUUCACUAGAGAUACAGUAUCUGUCAUUAUAUCUCAAUCAAUCAAAUGUAUUUAUAAAGCCCUUUUGACAUCAGCAGAUGCCACAAAGUGCUUAUACAGAAACCCAGCCUAAAACCCCAAAUCCCAAAUGCAGAUGUAGAAGCAUGGUGCAUAGGAAAAACUCUCUAGAAAGGCAUGAACCUAGGAAGAAACCUAGAGAGGAACCAGGCUCUGAGGGGUGGCCAGUCCUCUUCUGGCUGUUUCAGGUGGAGAUUAUAAGAGUACAUGGCCAUUAAGGCCAGAUCGUUCUUCAAGAUCUUCAAACGUUCAUAGAUGACCAGCAGGGUCACAUAAUAGUUGCGCACUAUCAUAGUUUUGAUGAUAAACUUCUUCAUAACAAUGAAAAGGUCAUAAUCCAGUGAAAAAAUGUAUGCACUCACUUAACUGUAAGUCGCUCUGGAUCAGAGCGUCUGCUAAAUGACUAAAAUGUAAAAUGUAAAUAUUGACAUCCUCCUCUUCUUCUGUACUUGUAGGUGCUCAGGUUGAUGACAACCUUCCUCGACGUAACACCCAGCGCAUCGUGGCGCCACCUGGUGGCAGGGCCAACAUCACCAACCUGGGUUAACCACUCCCAUUGGCCACCAGGGGAAACGAGGGCUUGAGGGGAGGGGCAUCAGGGACUAGGGGCCAUUCCACCAGGAGCCAAACCCUCUAGCUACAGUACCUGACCAAGUCUCCCCUCCUCAAUCUCUCAACCCCUCUCCCGUUCCCUACAUCUCUCCCCCACUCUUUCCCCCCAACCCCCAAACACCCCACCCUAGAGGAGACACCUAUAAAAAUGAUUUGCCUCAUUUGAAGAAGAAAAUAGAAAAAACAACACUCCUUAUAUGACUGUAUUAUUUAGUGUUUUAUACUGUACUUUCUACCUGCCAUGUAUCAUUUAGUUUAGUUUUUUAUUUUCAUGUUAUAAUAGAGGGGUGAAGGGAGACUAGACUGAGCAGUUUUAACACGGCCAGAAGGUCAAGACAGUGCUUGUGACAUUUGCAUAGAGGAAGUCCAUUUGGCCCCUCUUUUUUUAUUUUGGAUGUAUGGUAAAUGAAGUAUGGAAUCACAAGGGGAGCAUGUUGUACUUGUGCUUUACCUUAAGAUAAUAGACGGGUUGGUUGUUUAGUAACAAAACCGACGUGUGUGCAACUAUGGGGCAAAACAGACAGUGUUGGCUUAGACUGUUGACAACAUGUAAACUAUAUUUAGUCUCCAAAUGUUUAUUGAAAACAUAAAUGAAUUUGCACAAUGAGCAUUUGUCUCUCAAAUACAUUGUUACAGUUGUAAGGUUAGCUAGCUUGCGAAUUUGAGCCAUAUUAGCAUAGACACCUCAAAAACAAGACAUGGUAUCAAUAACAAGAUUCAACGAGCUGAAACGAGCCACCUACUAUUCCCCACAUGGCAGCUUCUUGUCAUUUUUGCUAGCUAUCUGACCGUUCAGAAUCAUAACAAUGCACGCCUUCCUGCCACAUUGAUGUGCAUAUCACUUCCGUGACGUUGUCGGCCAACCCGUCUAUGGGCACAUCAGAUUAGUUGCGCUAACAUUGUGUAGUGAACAUGAAGAAGCUAAUAUGCUUUCCUCAAUUGAUAUGUUCACUGUCUGUCUCUGGUUUGUCAGCUUUAUACAGCUUUGCCCUCUAGUGUGAUUUUCAUCUCCUCCAUACUGUUAAGAUCAGUACAGCACUGGCUAUGAUCAACACCAUUUAUUGACUUGUAACCAUAAGAAAAACGAUUAUGAGACUGUAAAACAGUCCAUUGUUAUCGUUUGAAAAUCACUGCAAGCUGGUAGUAAGCUAUCCUCGUCCCCAGGCUACGUAAUGAUACAUGAGAUUAGUAUAAGCCAAACCACUAUAGUGUUUGAAACCUUAGAGGAACUUGUCACAGGUGCUCACCUCAUGUCAUCCCACCAGUAGCUUUGUUAGGUUCUAGAUGUAAUAAAAAAAACAUGGUCCAUAUUUGGAAGCUGCUUGUGAAAAGGGAAAGUCCAGUAGAGUAGGAGAAGGUGUUGGCGGGCGGUGAAUAGAGCGCUGUAUUACGUCUCCCAGGGAGAGGCCAUCAUGGAACUUAAAUGUCCAUGAGAGGAGAUGUGACUCAAAGUUAGGAUGUUGGGAGGAGUGUAGCCGGGUGGCAGGGAAGGAAGGAAGAUGUUGGUCAGAAUACUAGGGAAUGCCCAAUUUUUCAUAGCCUCAUUCAAUUCAGCCUCUUAGCAAGAUGGUGCCACACUCCUUGUACUCAGCUAAGCUGUAGUACAGUAUGUGUCCACUGCCCAUAUACCUGGCCUAAAGGGUAUUGUGACCCCUCACUGUUAUGGGAUCUUUGAGAUUCAUACACCAUUUAAUUGACAGUGUUGCAGGUAGCAUCCCCCCCCACUGUUCUAGAAUGUUCCAGUACCAACCAGUGCAUUUAGAAGACUGAAUGUCUUUCUGCUCCCUGCCUCCACUUUUCUAUUCAUCCACUCCCUGUUUCCCUUUUAACUCUUUAUGUGCCUGAACCCAUAGAAGUUGUACUGAUAGUUAGAUUUUUAUUAUUCUUAUUGUGGUAAGAGAAGGAUGUAAGAUAAAAAUGUAAAAUAGCCAGUGUUAACCGAUACAAAGGUGCCAUAUUUUGUUCUUUGGUAUUCCACUGGUAGUGCUCCUGUAAAAAUAUCUAUGCUUAAUAUGUUGAAAGUGUUUGAAUGUUUUAGGGUUUUUAACCGUACUUGUUUCUGCUAUGUAGUGUCAUUCUGUACUUAGUGGCCUAAGGCUGAACACUAUUAAUUUGAGCUUGAAAGUAGACAUGGAGUAAUGUAUUUCUAACUAGUGUGCAGUGUUAUGUUGUGAGGGAUGGGGCAAACACACACACACAGGUCUCAGUGCACCACUCCUUUGGGCUCAGACCUGGAGCGACAGUAAUGGUCCUUCGCUCUCGCUCAUUUUGCACGGUCUGGUUUUCAUUAAGGCAAAGCAGUCCUCCAGCUGUUUUUCUUCCUUCACUCGCAUGUCGGUGAGAUCUUGGCCUAAAAGUUGCCGUUCUGCAGUGUUCACCUUUUCCUCUCCAUGACUCAACACCAAGCAAAACACUCACUCACACUGUUACGCACACACAGACACACACAGUUGCACGCAUGCACUCACGGAACAAGUGGUGUCUGUAUGUCCUUCCAGCACUGUGCUGUGGUUUAGACCUUUGGUUUUCAUGGCCGUGUUAAGUUCUCGUAGGAAGCCCUUAAAAGGUAGUCUCUUUCAGGGUAGUAACAGUAUCUGUGUUUAAGGAAUCCAUAGCAGGGAAAUUAAAAGUUUGACACUUCAGUGUGACCGCCUACAGGGAAUGAGAUGAGACAGGGAUGGGAGGGAGGUCUGCUUGUUAGUGUUCAAUCACUCAGGUGGCAGGGUUCAGGCCACUCCAGUGCUUAUACUCCAACAAAACUGUAAAAUCUGCCAUGUGAGAUUAGGGCUAGGACAAGUCUUCGUCCUCACAUGUGUAGAGUACAUGGCUGAGCAAAAACUCUCUUUAGUCUACCUUUGCCUCCUCUCUUUUGUAUCAUUCUCAUUGAGAUAUUAUGGUCAUCAUGUUUAUGAUUUUGAUAUUAUUAUCAUGAUUAUUGUUGUCAUUAUUAUUUUUACUAUGAUCACUAACAAUAUUUAAGAUCUUUGAUUCUCCAGUUGUUCUUCUCGAUCCCAUGGAAAACGCUGGCCGGUGUAUUGGCAUCUUUUCAGCAUGAGUCUCCUAGUUGCUUGCUUGGUGUUGGAAUGCAUAUCUCUCAAACAGAGGGUGACGCAGAAUUAAAAUGAUUCAUCCCUCUAUUCCCAUAGACUUGACUUUUUUCACUCUGAUUUGGGGGAGGGGGUAAAGAGGGGGCUGCCGAAGCACAAAUACAUUUUGGCAGCCAGGAGUGCAUGAGUCCUCCUGAGACUAAAAGUAUGUCUUUGCUUGUUUCCACCCCGCUCUUCCUCUCUCUUUUGCUUUCUUUCUCUCUCUCUGGCUCUUCCAUUGUUUCCCCGUUGCCUUGACUACGAGGCCCUCCAGGCCCCACUUUUUGUUUGUCAUGGCAACACUUGUCAGAUUGUAAGUUACCCAUAGUAACCCCUCUAGACCUGGUGCUAUUAGAAUAACAUUGUGUCCGUGGCAGAUUAGCUGUAUGGAAGCCAUGCACACUAUAGAUCUCCCUCCUCUCUCUCUCACACACACACACACACUCGUUUUCUUCAAUGAACUGUUGUUGCAGACUUCACCUGGUUUUAGUGUCACCAUUUGUAUAUAAGCUUUUGGCUUGUUGGGUGGGAUCCACAUGCUUCUUCUGACCCAUGAUUCGUGGGCCCUGAAUUGCGUAAUUGAGAGGGAGCCACAAGCUUCACAUGAUAGCAAUUACCCAGUGCUCCUCUACAAGGCCACAUAUAUCUACCCACUGGGCACACACUGAUUGAAUCAACGUUGUUUCUACAUAAUUUCAAUAAAAUUACGCUGAACCAACGUGGAAUAGACGUUGAAUUGACGACUGUGCCCAGUGGGUACCAUGCACCCAGCGCUGUCUGUAGCUGUGGUGGAGCACGAUGCCUAAAGCAUUGACUCAGAUAUUAUAAACCAGCUGGCGCCACCAUCGUGUCCCCUCAAUACACACACACAAACACACACACACACACACACAAUCCUUCUUCUUGCUCUGUCAGUUUGGAUGUUAUUCUAUGCCACGCUAAUAUGUGAUGUAAGCGAAACGCAGAUUGAGAGAAGAGCUUUAGGUUUGAGGUUGCUAAUGCUGUUAAAAUCCCACCCGCACCCCUGUCCUCCCCCCUCCACCUAACCCCCUCCCAUUGUGAAAGUAACUGUGUGAUGGUGUUUGUCUUGAUGGCUGUGGGGUUUUGAGGAUGCUUGCUCUCUAUGGAAAGUGUCAAAUCCCAUGGAUGGUGAUGUAAAAACAAUGAUUUCAAAGAAUUAAAGUAAAAAACGAAACAAAGCUCAGCCUCUAGCUUUUUGUGAGUGUGAGAGUGAAUGUUGUCUGUUGACCUUAGGAGGUAGAAUGGGUUCCCUCCCUCCUCUCCUCACCUGUGGUAAUAUCAGUUUGUUUAAUGGUCACAUCACAUGGCCACUGAUCAUGUUUCAUAGGAACAUUUGAUUUGGCAGUGUUUAAGUUUAGCCCUAGUGAUCUGUGUAUUAAGGUUACUGAGAAUAUCAAUGUCUUUGAGUAGGAAAGACCAUAUAAAUAUGAAUAUUAAGGCUAAGCAUCCAAAUCAGUCAAACAAUUCCAAACAAUUCCACUGUAAAUUAUAUACAUAAACAUUACUGAAUGGUCAAUACUCUUCAAUGGUGCCUCUACUUAUUCAGCUCAUGUACUGUAGGCUACUGUACAACUCUUGAAAUCCCCACAGGAAAUAAUGGGCAGCACAGUCCUUUGAGCGCAAGUACACUCUCAUGACACAAGAUGGCAGUAUGUCCCCUAGUCUGUUUACAGGAGUAAAGGGAGACGGCAACAAUCUAUAGACAGCAAGGAAAUAAAGGGUUAGAGAGGCAGGAAUAAGUGUACCUAGCGCAAAGUAUUACGUAAGAGCCAUUUUGAUAGGAAAGGAAAUGUGUUGAGUUUAUGUUUACAGAAACCCUUUUUUAUUUGUUUAUUGUGACACCUGUGGUUACCAGGUUUAAGAUAGAGAUAUUCAUCUCAAUCCACCGCACCACCGCACACUUCCACAUCUGCGUUGAAAGGUGACAGAGCUAGAGCGGUGUUUGUCAGACCAUGAGACAUCCCGAAAAUCAGCCUUCUCACAAAAUCGUCUGUAGAGUCCAAACGGUUUGGCCUAAAAACUAUGAUCCCUCUAUGGAAAGAUGAGACUCUCACAAACACGAUGGUGUUCUCUGUUCUGCUCUACGACCCCAAGCCUCUUGGACUCGUCUGAAGUCGGUACAGCCGAUCUGCCAACUUCUGUGUGUUGCGUCCGGACAGUUUGGGCUACACACUAAUAUGACCCCUCUGUGGAAAGGUGAGCCCCUCACGAACACGUACAUGUUGGUUGUUUUGCUCUAGGACUCGUCUGAAGGUACCCCGGUACCAGUUAAAUAUUUAAUGGAAGGAUGUAUGGAGACUAUUUAGUGACAAAAAUAAGGGUUAAAUACAUGUAAAAAAAAACAAAAAAAAACUUUCUUGAUCUUUCUUCUAUCUCUCAGAUAUAGGAUAGACACUUCAGAACACACUUCCUUUAGAUACUUUUUUGGAACUAUAUGUUGUUCUGUGUAGUGAAUCUGUUAUUCAAUGUGUUUGUAUGGGCUAAUGGCAGUAAAGCCAAAUAAAAAAUUCACCAAAUAAAUUUUGUAUGUAUUUUUUUGUUACUUCAAGGGGUCUUAAAAUUCAAAAUCAAAUAGCAAAAUGAUCCUGGGUAUGACCUUCUUAAAAAAAUUCUAAAUAGCUUAGUUCCUCAGCGUACACAUCUCCGAGGAGCUGAAAUGGUCAAACCACACAGACACCGUGGUGAAGAAAGCACGAAAGCGACUCUUUAACCUCAGGAGGCUGAAGAAAUUCGGCCAUCUCCACAAAGGCCCUCAGUGUUCUACAGGAGAACCAUCGAGAGCAUACUGUCGGGCUGCAUCACAGCCUGGUACGGCAACUCCACCGCCGCUGACCGCAAGGCUCUACAGAGGGUGGUACUCUCAGCCGAACGCACCUUUGGGUGCACACUGCCUGCCCUCCAGGACACCUACAGGAAGGCCAAGAAGAUCAUCAGGGACCUCAGCCACCAGAGCCACGGCCUGAUCUCCCUGCUUCCAUCACUCAGAAGCGGGCAGUAUAGGAAAAAAAAAACUGGCAGACUGGCCAACAGCUUUAACCCCCCAGACCAUCAGGCUGCUCAAUAGCCACCACUAGUCAGCUACCUGCUUCCCCUGUCCACCUCCUGCCCCCCGGACUUCAUUUUUGGGAUGUCUAAUGGUUUGACAAACACUGCUGUAGCUCUGCCACCUUCCACGGCAGAUGCGGAUGGCCGACAUCGGCGGAUGCGGUGAAUUGAGACGCAACCUAUCCAAAAAAUAUAUCUCUAGCUUUAACAUACAUAUUUUUAUGAGGAUUUUUUUAUUAUGCUGAUUAGAUUUCCGUGGGGCACGGACAUCGAUUCUAGGAGGUUAAGUUUUACAGCACCAAAGUUAUGCGACUGUUCUCAGAAAUCAGCAUAUAUCUGAUUCUGACAGCUGACACUGUCCUUCAUUUGGCCAACGUGAUAACGUUCCAGAGAGCAGUCAGCUCAGCGGUGCUGUAGAACUCAGUGCACUAAUCACAGCAGAACAGAUAUCAUGGAAACUCAUUUGUGCAUUAGCUAGAACCAGAGGCGCAACUUUCACUGGGGACGAGGGGACAUGACGCCCCCACAUUCUGAAAUUGCAUUUUUGUCCCCCACAGUUUUAUCAUUGCACUGUGAUACAAAACACAGCAUCGGGGUGCUUUAGGACCAUGCUGACGCCUCAGAACGGUCGGGUAGGCUGUUUUCCAGUUUUAGAUGGCUGGAUUGAGGACACCACAGAAAAUGCGGACAGGCUGUGUGAAGGCAAAGCUUCUGAAAGGCUGGUGUAUAGGACCAGCACAGGUGAGAUGAACAGAGGCAGCUGCUGUCUGUGUUGUGCUUUUUCUCAGAGUUGUAA